CCCCCCUACCUUCCCCCUGCCCCCCUACAUUCCCCUGCCCCCUACCUUCCCCGGCCCCCUACCUUCCCCCUUCCCCCUACCUUCCCCCGGCACCCCUACAAUCCCCCGGCCCCCUACAUUCCCCCGGCCCCCCUACAUUCCCCCUGCCCCCUACCUUCCCCUGCCCCCUACCUUCCCCGGCCCCCCUACCUUCCCCCUGCCCCUACUACAUCCCCCUGGCCCCUACAUCCUCCCAGCCCCCUACAUCCCCCUGCCCCUCUACAUUCCCCCUGCCCACUACAUUCCCCCUGCCCCCUACCUUCCCCCUGCCCCCUACCUUCCCCCUGCCCCCUACCUUCCCCCAGCCCCCUACAUCCCCCUGCCCCCUACAUCCCCCCCAGCCCCUCUACAUCCCCCAGCCCCCUACAUCCCCCAGCCCCUCUACAUCCCCCAGCCCCCUACAUCCCCCCAGCCCCCCUACAUCACCCCAGUCACAUCCCCCGCCCCCUACAUCCCCCAGCCCCUCUACAUCCCCUGCCCUCUACAUCCCCCUGCCCCCUACAUCCCCCAGCCCUCUACAUCCCCCUGCCCCUCUACAUCCCCCUGCCCCCUACAUCCCCCUGCCCCCUACAUCCCCCCGCCCCUCUACAUCCCCCAGCCCCUCUACAUCCCCCCAGCCCUCUACAUCCCCCUGCCCCCUACAUCCCCCUGCCCCUACAUCACCCCAGCCCCUCUACAUCCCCCUGCCCCCUACAUCCCCCUGCCCCUCUACAUCACCCCAGCCCUCUACAUCCCCCUGCCCCCUACAUCACCCCAGCCCUCUACAUCCCCCAGCCCCUCUACAUCCCCCCCCCUACAUUCCCCCCUGCCCCUACAUCCCCCCCUGCCCCCUACAUCCCCCCAGCCCCUCUACAUCCCCACAGCCCCUCUACAUCCCCCUGCCCUCCUACAUCCCCCUGCCCCCUACAUCCCCCAGCCCUCUACAUCCCCCCUGCCCCCUACAUCCCCCUGCCCCCUACAUCCCCCCAGACCCUCUACAUCCCCCCCUGCCCCCUACAUCCCCCCCCAGCCCUCUACAUCCCCCCAGCCCCCCUACAUCCCCCCAGCCCCCUACAUCCCCCAGCCCCUCUACAUCCCCCCAGCCCCCUACAUCCCCCUGCCCUCUACAUCCCCCCCAGCCCUCUACAUCCCCCCAGCCCCUCUACAUCCCCCUGCCCCCUACAUCCCCCUGCCCUCUACAUUCCCCCUGCCCCUCUACAUUCCCCCUGCCCCCCUACAUCCCCCCUGCCCCCUACAUCCCCCAGCCCCUCUACAUUCCCCCAGCCCCUCUACAUCCCCCUGCCCCCUACAUCCCCCUGCCCCCUACAUCCCCCCAGCCCUCUACAUUCCCCCAGCCCCUCUACCUUCAACCUGCCCUUCUACCUUAGACUCUCACAGAGUCCUGCACCUCCCUGAAGGAGUCACACAGAGUCCUGCACCUCCCUGGAGGAGUCUCACAGAGUCCUGCACCUCCCUGGAGGAGUCUCACAGAGUCCUGCACCUCCCUGGAGGAGUCUCACAGAGUCCUGCACCUCCCUGGAGGAGUCUCACAGAGUCCUGCACCUCCCUGGAGGAGUCUCACAGAGCCCUGCACCUCCCUGGAGGAGUCUCACAGAGUCCUGCACCUCCCUGGAGGAGUCUCACAGAGUCCUGCACCUCCCUGAAGGAGUCUCACAGAGUCCUGCACCUCCCUGGAGGAGUCCCACAGAGUCCUGCACCUCUCUCCCACAGAGUCCUGCACCUCCCUGAAGGAGUCUCACAGAGUCCUGCACCUCCCUGGAGGAGACUCACAGAGUCCUGCACCUCUCUGGAGGAGUCCCACAGAGUCCUGCACCUCUCUCCCACAGAGUCCUGCACCUCCCUGGAGGAGUCUCACAGAGUCCUGCACCUCCCUGAAGGAGUCCCACAGAGUCCUGCACCUCCCCGGAGGAGUCCCACAGAGUCCUGCACCUCUCUCCCACAGAGUCCUGCACCUCCCUGGAGGAGUCUCACAGAGUCCUGCACCUCCCUGGAGGAGUCUCACAGAGUCCUGCACCUCCCUGGAGGAGACUCACAGAGUCCUGCACCUCUCUGGAUGAGUCCCACAGAGUCCUGCACCUCUCUCCCACAGAGUCCUGCACCUCCCUGGAGGAGUCUCACAGAGUCCUGCACCUCCCUGAAGGAGUCUCACAGAGUCCUGCACCUCCCUGGAGGAGACUCACAGAGUCCUGCACCUCUCUGGAGGAGUCCCACAGAGUCCUGCACCUCUCUCCCACAGAGUCCUGCACCUCCCUGGAGGAGUCUCACAGAGUCCUGCACCUCCCUGAAGGAGUCCCACAGAGUCCUGCACCUCCCCGGAGGAGUCCCACAGAGUCCUGCACCUCUCUCCCACAGAGUCCUGCACCUCCCUGGAGGAGUCUCACAGAGUCCUGCACCUCCCUGGAGGAGUCUCACAGGCUCAUUUUGA